GUUAGCGGCCGAGGGCGCUUGCGCAUUUCCUGGCUUGAGGUGGGCUGGAGGUGGACCGAGUUCUUCGUUUUUCGGUGUAGCUGCUCUGUUUUCUCAGGUUUCUACUUGAUUAGAUAAGAUGGACUUAAGAAGGAGGACCUGACCAUUGACCCCUCAAUACAAGUCUUUGAGGGAAGAGAUACUGUCUUCUGUUUAAUCCUGAAUACUAUAUCCAAAGUCAGAGCAUUAAUUCCAAAGCAGAAACCUUCUGAAAAACAAAUAGUGUCAUGGCAUAGUGUUAGAACAUUUUUCAGUGAUGGUUCUUCACAUUAGAAGAAUUGAAAUUUGAUAACCAGUUUGAGAAACACAAGUAAAAUUAGAUUAUAAGGAAAAGCAAUUCAAGAGGAAGAUCCUGAAUAUAACGAUUUGAGAGAAAUAUUUAAUCUCAGCUCCAGUCUUUUUAAACUGAGAGUUUCUAGAAGAUAAAGACCUCCUAAUUAUGAUACAAAUGGUCAGAGCUUAAACCAAAAUUCUGCUUGAGUAGAGUUUUUUAAAGGCAACUUAUAAAUGAAAAAUGUUUUUAGGUAUGAGAAAAGAUGUAUUUGUAUCUCAAACCUUACUUAUUCUGGAAAUGAUUUAAAAGUAAAGCUAUAGUUCAGUACAAAUGGAAUCUAAGAAAAUUUCUAUGAGAGAGAAACAUGAAUGUAAACUAUGUGGUAAAUCCUUCAGCCGAAACACUAAUCUUAUUCAACAUCAAAGAAUACAUACUGGGGAGAAACCUUAUGAGUGUAAUGAAUGUGGAAAAGCUUUUAGUCAGAGCACUAAUCUUACUCAACAUCAAAGAGUCCAUACCGGGGAGAAACCUUAUGAGUGUAAUGAAUGUGAAAAAGCCUUUAGUCAUAGAUCAUCCCUUAGAAAUCAUGAGAGAAUACAUACUGGAGAAAAACCCUAUCCUUGUAAUGAAUGUGGGAAGGCUUUCAGCCAUACUUCAGCCCUUACUCAACAUCACAGAAUUCAUACUGGAAAGAAACCAUAUGCAUGUGUGGAAUGUGGGAAAACUUUCAGCCGGAGCACACAUCUUAUUGAACAUCAGGGAAUACACUCUGGGGAGAAAUCCUACCAGUGUAAGGAAUGUAGAAAAGUUUUUUGCCACAGCACAUCACUAAUCCGACAUCAGAGAAUUCACACAGGAGAAAAACCCUACAAAUGUAAUAAAUGUGGAAAAGCCUUCAGCCAUACUCCAGCCUUCAUUCAACAUCAGAGAAUCCAUACUGGAGAGAAACCCUAUGAGUGUAAUGAAUGUGGAAAGACCUUCAAUCGGAGCACACAUCUUACUGAACACCAGAGAACUCACACUGGAGAGAAACCUUAUGUUUGUAAGGAGUGUGGAAAAACUUUCAGCCGAAGUACACACCUUGCUGAACAUCUGAAAAUACAUUCUGGUGAGAAACCCUAUCGAUGUAAUGAAUGUCAAAAAUUGUUUUGCUACAGAACAUCACUAAUUCGACAUCAGAGAACUCAUACAGGAGAGAGACCCUACCAGUGUAAUGAAUGUGGAAAAUCCUUCAGCUUAAGCUCAGCCCUUGCUAAACAUAAGCGAACACAUACAGGGGAGAAACCUUAUCAGUGUAAUAAAUGCGGUGGUGUUUUUUGUCAUAGUACAUUGUUAAUUCGACAUCAGAGAACUCAUUCAGAAAUGAAACCUUAUCAGAGUAGUGAAUGUGGGAAAGUGUGCAGCCAUAGGUCAUCACUUACCUCUGAGCACUCGCAGUAGUAAAAAACAAAUAAACAAACAACUCUAGGAUUGUUAUGCAAGAAAAACUUUAGGCAAAAU